GUACAGCGUCAUGCAAAGCGCAAUUCCACGAAGCGUGCAUCGACAGAUGGGUAGUUGAACUCCAGCGAAACUCGCGAGCGUUGACGUGCCCGAAAUGCCGAGAUUACUGGUUGACAGACUAACUUCAACUGUUGAUUAAUUGUCAGCUUGGCAAAUCAACAAGGAUCUGCAAUUUCCGCCUGAAUAUUGCUCACUAAGCCGAUUAGACAAUCUCCCAAAUACUAAAUAAGUUUUUAGAUCUGCAUUCUCCUGACUCAUGCCACCUAUCCACUUACCACUAUCAUCACCCAAUAUGAUAAUCGAGCUUCUGCAGCGCCGUACUUCCCUGUCCACUGGCCUUUCCUACCUCACUAUGGCCACCAAUAAACUGACAUAUAUCCAACAAAUCUCCGUCUUCAUUCCCGGCUUUGGCUGUCCAGCAACCGAUUACAUCCCACUGAUCACCUAUCUCAACGGCCAUGGCCACACCCUCAACCAAGGACAUGUCUACCUAGCCAUCGACCUUCCAGGUCACGGCCAAUCUCCCACAUCAGUCAUUUCCGCCCCAGAGACUGGUGGAAUCAACGAACUCCUGAUCCGACUCCACGAGGAAGUGCUCUCAGACCUUCUCUCUAGCCCACCAGCCAGCCUUAAGUCCAUCCCCACCGUCCUCUAUGGCCACAGCAUGGGCACUCUCGCCGUACUCGAUCUACUCGCACAUACUCUCAGCAUCUCAUCGUCGUCUCUCAACCCCACUUCGACAAUCCUCUUCGACAGCCCCUUCGACGGCACCGCACGACCCACUCCCCUCGACAUCGAGACGCUCCCCGCCCAAGCCGACCAGUAUCGCCCGACCAUGCCCGCCCGCAUCAGCCGGUGCUUUGGCCCACGCACCACCCCAGACUUCGCGACCUCCACGCUAGAAAACUUCUCACGUCUCGACUUGGAAUACGCCAUGCGUGUGGGGCACUACUAUCAGCAUGUGGAUGCGCGGUUCGCGCAGAUUCUGCAAGCGCUGAAUGACCACAAUGCGCAGCUAGUCGCAGCUGGGAACCCGCCCGUGCGCUUGUUGGAUAUACAGGGUCAGGAGGGGGGCUUUGGGACGAAACGAAAGAGUCUGCGGAAGGGAGAUGUCACGGCGCAUAUGCGGUUCGCACGAGGGAAUUGGAUGCAAGGUGGCUAAAGGGGUAUGUGGUGGAGGAGACGGGGCAUUUCCCGCACGUGGAUGAUGUGGAGGAGGUUGGGGGCGUGGUUCGAGGUUUUCUUUGCCGGGGAAUUGUAACUUGACUUGUUUACCGUAUGUUGAUACUAGUGAU